AUGCUCCGGGCUGGAGUAGCCGCCAUCGCCCUUGUGGCAUUAGCAAAUGGCUCACCCACUCCAACAAGGAAGGAAGGCCUCGAGGCAAGACAGUGGGAGAUUGGGAACCCUUGGACAACCAUCAUCGUGGGCGGUUCUACGCCGACAGCUGUCCCGACCAGCGGCCCUGGGAUCGGACCUCCCAUCACGGGCGGUCUCAAUCCGCCGCGCGAGAAGAGGGACGACGGAGCACCGUCGCUUGGCUGGGGUGAUUCGGAUGCACUAAAAGCCCAUAUCGUCUCUCUUGAGCUCGAGUACGAACACCUCGUGCAAGAGUACGGCGACAAACCUCCCCCGAGCGUGGCAAAGCGUGAAAAGGAGAUUGAGAAGGAACUCAAGGAGUACGGCAUCAUCAUUGUGCAGACACCGGAUGGCACUUCCACCACCAUCACGUUCGGCAAGGUCAAGAGGCAAGGCGACAUUGGCCCUGUGCUUGGCGGCAGCGACCCCAGCGCGCUAAAGAAGUACCUCACUGCCCUCGAGCUGGAAUAUGAAGCUCUCGUUCACCAGUUCGGGAACAAUCCUCCCUCCUAUGUUGCCAAGCGCAAGAAGGAGAUUGAGACCGAGCUCAAAAAGUACGGCAUUGCCAUCAUUGCGACCCCAGACGGUACCUCGACCAUCAUCACGCCAGGCAAGGCCAGAAGAGGGGACCCAUCACUCGAUGCUGGCGCAUAUGGAAGUGCUGGUUAUGACUUGGCCGGUCUUGAAAAGACUCUCGAGUCCCUGUGGCAACAAUAUGGCACAAAUCCCCCACAUGAGGUGUACAUUGUUGAGGAGAAAAUCAAGCACAUAUUGCUAGCCUAUGGUAUCACGGUUGUCCAAGCACCAGACGGGACAUCCACCGUCAUCUAUCCAUCUACCAGACGAUCAUUCCCCGACUAUGAUAUCGAAAAGCUAGAGUCCAUCUUUGAAUCACUUUUGCAAGAGUACAAUGGCGAGCGCCCUCCCUUGGAUGACUGGCUGGUGAUUCAGCACACUGCCGCAGUUCUCAAGUCCUAUGGUAUCUCCAUUGAGCAGUACCGCACCGACACCAAGCGCAGCGUCCCGACGGGCGACAGCGUCAACGUCGUGGCCCUGCAGGCUCUCCUGGCCCUGCUCGAAGCGACCUAUGGGUCCUCCCCACCGCUCGACAUUUACCUCAUUGAGCAGACCAUUGCCACCAUCUUGGGUACCCAGGGCAUCAUUGUCCCCGGGUUCCCCAUCCCCGGCGGUGCCAUUACGCCCGACCCCACGAUUCCGGGCGGCGUCAUUACUCCCGACCCUACUAUCCCCGGGGGCUCUAUUACCCCGGACCCAACCGUUCCCGGUGGCUCCAUCAAUCCCAGCACCAAGAAGCGGGACAACCCCGACGUCGAGGGUCUCCUGGCGGCGCUUGCGCAGCUCGAGGCUGCCUACGGCUCGUACGGCUCGGGCUCGGUGCCCGUCGCCGUCUUCAUCAUCAUGCAGAACAUUGUCACCAUCCUCCAGGCCGACGGUGUCUCUGUCCCGGGCUGGCCAGACCUUGGGGGCGGAUCGACCGUCAUUGGGCCGUCUACUUGA